AUGGCCAAAGUCACCAGGAAAUGGGAAAUGUUCCCUGGUCGAAACCGAUUUUGCUGUGACGGCCGGCUCAUGAUGGCACCGCAUGCGGCAGUGUUCUACAUCAAUGUGAUUCUCAUCAUUGGUACAAGUGUACUCUUCUUUGUAUUCGACUGUCCAUACCUUAGCCAUCGUGUGACUCCUGUGAUUCCAGUUAUUUCAGGAGUUUUGUUUCUCUUUGUUAUUGGCUCGUUGUUCAAGACUAGUUUCACGGACCCGGGUAUUAUUCCCAGGGCGACUGACGACGAAGCAGCUUACAUCGAGAAACAAGUUUACAUUAGUAUACCAAACAAUGGAGGAACCCCAACUAUACGACCACCUCCUAGGACCAAAGAGGUAGUCAUUAAAGGCAAUUCAAUCAAGUUAAAGUAUUGUGUAACUUGCAAAAUUUUUAGACCGCCAAGAGCUUCCCAUUGUAGUUUAUGCAACAAUUGUGUUGAAAACUUUGAUCAUCACUGUCCAUGGGUAGGAAAUUGUGUUGGUCGUCGGAAUUACAGGUUUUUCUAUAUGUUUAUUGUAUGUUUAUCUUUACUUAUCAUCAUCGUGUUCAUUGGAGCAGUACUACAUUUAUUUUACUUAUCUGAAAACAGACUAAUGGUAGAUGCUAUUUCUGAAUCACCUACUAGUGUGAUAGUAGUAAUUAUUACAUUCUUCAGUUGUUGGAGUGUAAUUGGGCUGGCUGGAUUUCAUACAUUUCUUGCUGCAUCCAAUCAAACAACUAAUGAAGAUAUUAAAGGAUCAUUUGCCAGUCGAACAGGACGGCCAAAUUCCAAUCCAUAUAGUCGAGGUAACAUCUGUGCCAAUUAUUGUUAUGUAUUGUGUUCUCCUCGUCCUCCAAGUCUUUUAGAUAGACGUGGUGUGGUUUUAUCAUUAACGGAAUCUAAAUCAAUGAACAAAAGUCAGAGUAGAGAUACAGUGAUAUCUAAUAAAGGGUUUGAAGUUUCUGAUGUACCUAUCAACCAGAAUGGCAAAACAAAUUCUGAUGAGAUACAAUUGCAUCAAUAUGGUUCAUCUAGUAUUUUACAACCUGAUAGCCUGGACCGCAAUCAACAUACAUUCACAACAUCGAUGCCUAGUAUUCAUCAUACGCAAAACAGUCAUGUGCAUCAAAGUCAUAUAAUAAAUGGUGUGAAAUUCAAUAAAAGUGUAACAUCCCUGACUAACACAUUCAAUGAUACCGGCAUUUACGAGACUAUUGAACCAGGUCGAUUAGAUCCAGAUCUAGAUUUAGAUGAUGGGUCAAAAACUAUAUCUAGUGCUCCACCACUGAGUGCUAGUCGGCUACAACUACUUCAGGACACAACAAUGAUCGAGUCAGCUUUAGACCUGGAUUCAUUAGAAGAUGCAUCAUCAGUUGGUACUGGCAGCCAAGUAAAAUUGGUUAAAAAUAAAAAUACGUUAUGACUAAACUAGAAAAAAACAAAUUAUGUACCUGUUAAUUUUUGUAGUUAUACUUUAAUGUAAAAUUCCUUAUGGCAUGAAGGCACUUAUUAAGGAUAUUUGUAUGUUGUUUUAUAUGACUUCAAAUAAAAUCCAUGGCAAAAUUGUUAUUUAUCACCAACUGACUGCCCAAUCAAAUUGUUUUAGGAUUAACAAUUUUUAUAUUAUGAAGUGCCUUUUGCUUUAUUUAUUAUUCUAAUUAGAUCCUWAAACUAAAACCUAACAUUUUUUAAGUAUUUAAUUUCAUUACUAAACAGUAAACACCAUGUCAUAUUUUGCACUUUUCUAAAUAGGUCCUUAAAAUUAUUAAUUUAGUUAUAUAUACUUUUUUGUAUUCAUAAGAUAACUUAAAUUAUGGUAUUGUUAUACUGCAUUACACCAGUGUUGUGUCUAAGGUUUGACUUAAAUAUGCCAUUGAAUAAUAUGUUUUAUUUUAUAGUCAGGGUUUAUUAAUAGGUAAUUAUUAUUGUUAAUUUUUCUUUUUUUUUAUUAAAAAAACUAACAAUUUUUAUUUUUGGUGUUACCAUCUUCUAUAAGACUUUUAAACAUUCUAAUAAGUAAAUUAUAUUAUUUAUUAUUUUUAUUAAUAAUUAGUAGGUAUGUAUAUUUUUUUUAAAUUAUUAUUAUUAUAUUGUUCAUACAUUUUCGGUUGUGCUUUUACUUGAAUUAAUGCAUUAGUGCCUAUUUCUUGGAAAUAAUAUUUGCUUUUAUAAUUAAUGUUAUUGAUAAAAGUUUAUUAAUUAGAUGAAAGAAAUUUAAAAUGUUAUAUUUUUAUA